AUGCAUUUCAGCCUGCUCGUUCUGACGUUCUGUCUCUUCGUUGCACAUCAUGGACGCUGUUACGCGUUCCUUCCAGGCUUACACCCACACACUUUCAGAGAAAAUGACUCUCUACCAAUCGGCAUUGUUCCAUUAUCUGAUUCGGUGCCGGGAGCACCAGAUUUCCACGAUUUGCCGUUUUGCCAGGACACAACUCUCUGGAGAGUUCAACCCCAGUACCUGGCAGACGUCUUACUAAACACACAGCUGCUUCCCACUCCGUAUGAUAUCAAAAUCCUUACGAACGUGACUUGCCGUUUCUUGUGUCUUGUUCCGAAUUUCGCCAAUCAAGGCAUUGCACCAAAGAGAAUUGGCGAAUGCGAAACCGAGCCUCAUCCUCAGAAGGCCUCGGGUGACGUCAUGUUCACCUACUCGGUUUACUGGAUAAGGUCAACAAACCCGUGGCCCUCCAGAUGGGACCACUUAUUUGUGAAGAAGGGGUUGGGGAUCAGCUUCUCGGAAGCACUCGUCUGGAUAGUUUUCGCUUGUGCGCCAGUGGUCAUUUUGUACGUUUUGUGCAAGAUUCUACUCCGCCAACUUGAGUCUAGCCACCGAACCAAGGCUUAUCUGUGGGAGCCAUUGAAGGAGCACACGCAUCAAGUGGGGCAUGACAGAAUUGACCUGCUUUCCUCCCUGGUUGGAUCAGGCGUCCAACUACUUGCUGCUGCAUUCGUGACAGCGUUAGCAGCUGUUUAUGGUCUGAGGGAUCCAGCUGCUCGGGUAUCAAUGAUGCAGCUGUCCUUCUACUCGUUUGUUGGACUGGGUGCAGUUAACGGUUACAUAUCUACGAAGAUCCUGGGCUCCUUCAAGUAUUCCGACAUCAUGGGGUCUGUGCUGUUAUCGUCAAUACUCCCUUCGACAAUUGUUCAAGGACUUCUGCUUCUGCUGAACUGGACACUUUCUGUUGGAGGAUACUCACAUGCUAUUCCUCUGGCCACCUCACUCUCAAUAUAUCUCUGGGCGCUUUCGAUCUGCUCCAUGACCGUCUAUGUGGGUUCUUUGUUUGGAAGCUUUACAUCUCGAACAGACACCCAGCCGCUUCUCUCCUAUAGUGGCAUGCAUCAUGAGCUGGAUUCGUGGGAGUUGCCCAAGAUUGGAUUUAGGUACGGAGGAGGUCUGUUGCUGUCCAGUGCUGUGGGAGCUACUUUGUUCUACCACUCAACAUUGCUUCCUCACCAGUUAUCGUAUCCAUCUCUUCUGCUUGCAUUUGGUGGCUUCAUCGUCAUCUCUGGGUGUAUAUCUAUCGUUUCAACCUACUACCAGCAUCUGUGUGGGAAUGCGAAGUGGUGGUGGGAAAGCUUUUUUGUCCCAUCAUUCUCAUCACUUUUCUUUGUUGGUGCUGGUUGUGCACUUGCCACACUUCUUUUCUGGAGUGGGCAAGGGCAUGCGGCCUUGAUUCUGGCAGCUUACUCAGUAUUGGGUGCAAGCGUUGUGGCUCUAGCUGCUGGGGCUGUAGGAUUCCUCGCAAGUUGGCUUUUGGCAUCCAUGGUGGCCUGCCAUCGUGUGAAGUUGGAUGGCAGAUGCAACCUGUAG